AUGGCUGUCAGGCACGACAAUCUGAACUCAAAAACAAGGCUAAUGCUACGCGACGUCCGCCCAUCCGUCAAGUGCCACCAGGGUUUUUCGAUAACGUGCAAGACGGUGGUCAUUGCUUUUGCACCAUCCUGGGGAUCACGUCCACGUGCACUCCUCGCUCGCCUUCCCUCACUCUUCCACCGUUCCCCACCCAACACAGAUGAACCAACCGUACUUCAGCAACGUCCACUGGGAUCUGGUACCUCCUCUCGUCGCAGUCCUCCUGUUGUCGACGUUCCAGCACUAGAUGACAAGAAGGCACUGUAUGUUGCUCGGCGGCCGGAACGAGCUAGCGAUAAAGCAAAACGCGUCGACAGCUCGAAAUGGUGGGCUCGUGUUGUGCUGUUCCUCUGCUGUCGAUUUGAGUCGAUUUGCACGCCAGUUGGCAAGGACUGUCUCGCUUGGAGGAGCUCACUCAGCCUUCCCGACGUCAUCAUCGACGAGACAAAGUUUGCAUGGACGCACUAUGUGACUGUGGCGUUGUUCACCGCAGUGCUCUAA